GCGUGCACCUGAUUACCGAAACCCAAGAGUGAUGUUGGGCCCAGCAGGUCCCUGUCUCCCACUACCCGCUCCAUUUCAAUCCACACUGUCACUGAGUUGUCACAAACAAGGGGGUGUGGGCCGUCACGUGGUCGUGUCUGAGUAACCACAUUCUCGCUUCCUCCUUUGGUGCAGGCCGUUGAGGGUUGGCGGGGACUACGGCCGGGGUGCCACAGCAGUGCUCGGACAAUCUGGGCUUGGUCCCUGUCGCCAAGGCAGAGAAGCUGCUUUUCCGGGGCCCAGAGGCAGCUGUCCCAUGCUCUGCGGAGCAUGGAGCACGGUGCCAUGCCUCUGCAAGUCCUCCUGCUUCUGGUUUUGCUGGGCUCUGGCGACAGCCUCCAGCCAUGGGAGAUACAGUGGAGUGGGAUGGAGGAGGCCCCAGAGCUCCUGCUUGCCCGGGGAAGGAGGCAAGUGGAUGAGGAGCUAGAACUGGACGUAUAUGACUACGCCAUAGUAGGCACAGACCCCCCAGAGGUUUUCACCCCUGAGUCUAUGCCCCUGACCCCUAAACUUCUGGCUGAGAUGGCAAUGUUGGGGCAGAGGAAUUCUACAGGGCGUGGAACUCCAGAGCCAGCCACUCUGGAGGCGGCCACAGGGGACUCUGCUGGCCUGGACGCAGGAGGGGUGACCAUGGGGAACCUGAGCAUGGAAGUGGCCACACAGGGGAUUCCUGUCACACUGAACUUUCUGACCGAAGAACCGACCACUACACUGCUUCCCAACACGGAGGCUCCACUCACAGAAGGGGCUCCAACCACAGAGCUGGCCACCACUGAGGUCCUGUCCACAGAGCCAGCAGCCACAGAGGCACUGACCACGCAACCGGCGGCCACGGAGGCCCAGUCCUUGGAGCCUAUUGUCAUGGGGACCCUGUCCACAGGGCCAGAAGUCACGGAGGCCCUGACCACGCAACCCGUGGCCACGGAGGCCCAGUCCAUGGAGCCUAUUGUCAUGGGGACCCUGUCCACGGGGCCAGAAGUCACGGAGGCCCUGACCACGCAACCCGUGGCCACGGAGGCCCAGUCCAUGGAGCCUAUUGUCAUGGGGACCCUGUCCACGGGGCCAGAAGUCACGGAGGCCCUGACCACGCAACCCGUGGCCACGGAGGCCCAGUCCAUGGAGCCUAUUGUCAUGGGGACCCUGUCCACGGGGCCAGAAGUCACGGAGGCCCUGACCACGCAACCCGUGGCCACGGAGGCCCAGUCCAUGGAGCCUAUUGUCAUGGGGACCCUGUCCACAGGGCCAGAAGCCACAGACGCCCUGUCCACAGAGCCCGCUGCCACAAAGGCCCCGUCCACAGAUCCAGCCACCAUGAAGGGCCCGUCCACGGCACCUGCCUCCACAGGGCACCUAACCACAGUCCUUGUGCCCUCUGAUCCUCAAAACAGCACUAAUGUGACAGGAGGCGAUUUGUCUGAUGCCUUCAUCAAACGAUGGAAAAAUAGUCAGGGCCUGCCCCCCCAGAGCUCCGCGGUGCCCCCCGCCGCGGAGGGCCCGGACCGCAUCCCCGUGAAGCAGUGCCUGCUGGCCAUCCUCGUCCUGGCCCUGGUCGCCACUACCUUCCUCGUGUGCACCGUAGUGCUGGCCGUCCGCCUCUCCCGCAAGACUCACAUGUACCCCGUGCGCAGUUACUCCCCCACCGAGAUGGUCUGCAUCUCAUCCCUGCUGCCCGAGGGGGGCGAAGCGCCCACUGCGGCGGCCAACGGGGGCCUGCCCAACGCCAAGAGCCAGGGCCUGAGCGCGGAGCCCAGGGAGGGCCGGGAUGGGGACGACCUCACCUUGCAGAGCUUCCUCCCUUAACGCCUCGGCCUCCGGCUCCACCACCCGAGCGCCCCCUGGCCUCCGCAGCCUUCCCAGGCCCCUCCGGGCCACGCCACGGCUGAGGGGAGCAGAGCCUGGGGAGCUUUAGGACAGGGCGGUUGCCCCCCAGGACGUGAAGCAGCUGAACUCCCACAGCCGACGCAGGACCAGUGAGCGAGCCACCUUGCUCUCCCUCCUGCCUCCCUGGCUCACGCCUGGCCGGGCUCCCUCUCGGGCCUCCGCCACUGAGGUCUCGUCCCCGUGCACCAAGGAAGACCCAAAGUCUUCUGGUGGCUGCGGUCACCAUACAGGAAGGAGGCUUUGGGGGGAGAAGUGCCAGGUUCCUGAGGCCACUCCUGGUCCCCCUUGCCCCCCACUGGGAGGCAGUUUGGGUUUUCUUGGGUAUCUCUCAAGGGAACCCAGGGUGAGAUCCUAGCCCAUGGGGUCUGGGGUGGGCUUGGAGAGCCCAGGGCUAUAUCCUUCUUUGGGACCAUGUGUACCAAUGGGCUUCCUUCCGGGAGUAACCCCCACCCUGCCCUCUCUCAACUGCCCCCGUGUCCACAUUUUAAGGUGGACUCUGACUUGCUCACUCCCCAGCCCAGGGCCUGGCACAGGCCCUCAAUAAAUCUUUGAUGAACAAAUGAUGGCAGAAUGUUUCAGGGUAUUGGGGUGACUCCUCCUGGUGGGGAGCUGGUCCUUUGGGGCCCACAGACUUUUCCUUAAAUGGCCGAACAUAUUGUACGCUUUGCAGACCACAUGGUCUCAGCUGCAACUUCUCAGCCCCACGGGUCCUCGUAGGUGGAAUGUGGUGAUGGGACAACGUGUCACAAACGAAGAAGGGGUUGGCUGGGUUCUAAUAAAACUUGAUUUCCAAACAGGCA